CACACGCACACACACUAACGCGCGCGCACGCAGAAAAUUCACGCGCAUGCACGUUUAUUGGUGGUGGUGGUGGGGAGGGGGGCGCGCGCCGCCGAGUUAAAGAGGGGUUCCUAAUCAAAGCGCAUCAGGGCCGUUCAUUCUCCACUGGAGGGCGAGUGGUACAAGAGCACCGGGACACUCCGGCAGCAGGGAGACAGAGCAGACAGUCGGAGGGAGACGGGAUAGAGCAGCAGCAGCUGGAAGACACAGACACAUAGAGAAAAUCCCGACCCGGACUCUGCAAAGCAUCAUUUCUUACCGCCGUCGGAUUAAACCCGUCCCCGUCUCCAACACCCAAAUCACGCCAAGACAUGAGCUUCUCCCGCUGAACCUUAUUGAUGCUGAACUGAGUGGUCCAGUGCUGUCCUCCAGUGUUUCCCCUCCCCUCAGUUUUCUGUUCCUCUGUCACCUGGUUUGUGAGCAGCCAUGACAAAGUCCUACGAGUUCAACUGGCAGAAGCACCUGCCGGAGUUCAUGCAGGAAGGCGCCUCCUUCGACAGAUUUGAUGAGGACCCAUACAUCUUUGAGCCCAACUGUCAGAUGAGGGUGGACGAGUACGGCUUUUUCAUCACCUGGAAGAGUGAGGGAAAGGAAGGCCAGGUGCUCGAGUGUUCGCUCAUCAACAGUAUUCGUGUUGGUGCUGUCCCAAAGGACCCAAAGAUCUUGUCAUCAUUUGAGGCCAUUGGAAAGACGGAGGCAGACUUGGAGGGCUGUAUCAUCUGCAUCUGCAGCGGCACAGACCUGGUCAAUCUGAACUUCAUGUUCAUGGUGGCAGAGAGCCCAGACACAGCCAGGAAGUGGAUCGAGGGUUUGAGGUCAGUGAUUCACAACUUUAAAGCCAACAACGUCUGUCCAAUGACCUGCCUCAAGAAACACUGGAUGAGAAUGUGCUUCCUGACCAAUGUGAAUGGGAAGAUUCCUGUGAGAGGCAUUACACGGACAUUUGCAUCAGGGAAGACGGAGAAGGGGAUUUUUCAGGCUCUGAAGGAUCUGGGCCUUCCUAGUGGAAAGAACGAUGAGAUUGAACCAUCAGAUUUCACCUACGACAUUUUCUACGCGCUCACACAGAAAAUCUGCCCUCGCACAGACAUAGAGGAACUGUUCAAGAAAAUCAAUGGGAACAAAACUGAUUAUUUAACUGUAGACCAGUUAGUCAGCUUUCUGAAUGAAAACCAGCGUGACCCAAGGUUAAAUGAGAUUCUCUUCCCAUUCUACGACCCUAAGAGAGCCAUGCAGAUCAUCGAGAAAUACGAGCGAGAUGAAGGGCUGAAGAAGAAAGGUCAAAUGUCCAGUGAUGGGUUCUGCCGGUACCUGAUGUCAGAUGAAAAUGCUCCAGUUUUCUUAGACCGGCUGGAGCUGUACCAGGAAAUGGACCAGCCACUAGCCCACUACUUCAUCAGCUCUUCCCACAACACUUAUCUGACAGGCCGACAGUUUGGAGGGAAGUCCUCAGUAGAAAUGUACCGCCAAGUUCUACUGUCUGGAUGCAGAUGUGUGGAGCUGGACUGCUGGGACGGGAAAGGAGAGGACCAGGAGCCCAUCAUCACUCAUGGCAAGGCCAUGUGCACAGACAUCCUGUUUAAGGAUGUUAUCCAAGCCAUCAAGGAGACGGCGUUCGUCACUUCAGACUACCCUGUUAUUUUGUCCUUUGAAAAUCAUUGCAGUAAACCACAGCAGUACAAGAUGGCCAAAUAUUGUGAGGAGAUCUUUGGCGACCUCCUCCUCAAACAGCCUCUGGAGAACUAUCCGAUUGAAGCAGCGCGCCCCUUACCCUCUCCAAAUGACCUCAAACGUAAAAUCCUCAUCAAAAACAAACGUUUGAAACCUGAAGUGGAACAGAAGCAGCUAGAGGCCUUUAAGAAACACAUGGAGGCAGGAGAGACCAACACCUCUGCCAUCAUCAUGGGAGAGGAGAAUGAAGAAGACACAGAGAACGGAGAAAAAGAGGCAGAGGAUAAGGAUUUGAAUUCAGAGGCCCCCAGUCUGUCAGAGGCAACCAGUGAGAAAGACGCCAACAGUGUUUCCCAGAGUAACACUGUCAGCAUGAGCAAAGAAGAAGAGCGCAGCAACAGUAUCAAGAAGGUGCCUGAUGAUGAAGUGACAGAGAUUUCUGAAGCGACAGAUGCCACAGAUAUCUCUGAAGCAUCUGACCAAGACAAUAACAAGAAGGGUGGGGAUGUGGCAGAAGACUCUGAAGAGGCCCUGAUAGCUCAGUACACCUAUGUAGGAGCCACCACCAACAUCCACCCGUAUCUCUCAGCCAUGGUCAACUACGCACAGCCUGUCAAGUUCCAGAGCUUUGAUGUGGCAGAGGAAAGGAACAUCCACCAUAACAUGUCAUCCUUUAACGAGUCUGUCGGCCUGGGUUAUCUGAAGACUAAUGCCAUAGAGUUUGUCAACUACAACAAGCGUCAGAUGAGCCGUAUCUACCCCAAAGGGGGGCGGGUGGAGUCCAGUAAUUACAUGCCUCAGAUCUUCUGGAACGCAGGCUGCCAGAUGGUCUCACUCAACUUCCAGACCCCAGACCUGGCCAUGCAAUUGAAUCAGGGAAAGUAUGAGUACAACGGUUCCUGCGGGUACCUGCUGAAGCCCGACUUCAUGCGACGGUCAGACAGGAUGUUUGACCCUUUCUCAGAGACACCAGUGGAUGGUGUCAUUGCUGCAACCUGCAGCGUACAGGUGUUCUCUGGACAGUUCCUGUCAGAUAAGAAAAUUGGCACAUACGUUGAAGUCGACAUGUACGGGCUGCCGACGGACACCAUCCGGAAGGAGUUUCGGACACGUAUGGUGAUGAACAACGGGCUGAACCCCGCCUACAACGAGGAGCCUUUCGUCUUCAGAAAGGUGAUCUUACCGGAUCUGGCAGUACUGCGCAUCGCAGUCUACGACGACAACAACAAGCUGAUUGGCCAGCGCAUCCUGCCUCUGGACGGCCUGCAGGCUGGCUACCGUCACAUCUCGCUGAGGAAUGAGGGCAACAAGCCCCUAUCGUUGCCCACCAUCUUCUGCCAAAUCAUCCUCAAGACCUACGUGCCAGACGGAUUCGGAGCAAUUGUGGAUGCUCUAUCGGACCCAAAGAAGUUCUUGACCAUAGCAGAGAAGAGAGCCGACCAGAUGAAGGCCCUGGGGAUUGACACGAAUGACAUAGCAGACGUUCCCAGUGGAAGCUCAAAGAACGACAAGAAGGGAAAGGGCAAAGGAGACACUGUGAAGGCCAGUGUGACACCACAGGCCAGCUCAGACAUGGCCCAGACCUCCAACUCCGCACAGAAUAACACAGCAGAAACCAAGAAGGACACUGCACUCGUGCCUAAUGUCAGCAUUGAUGACUUAAAACAAAUGAAGACGUACCUUAAACUGAUUAAAAAACAACAGAAGGAGCUCAGCGCUUUAAAGAAGAAACACUUAAAGGAUCAAAAUAUAAUGCAGAAAACUCACUGCACCCAGGUGGAGAAGAUAGUGUCUCUGCAUGAUAAGGAGAGGACAACCCUGGAGAAACUACUAGAGAAAGCCAUCAAGAAACGUGGGGAAAACAACUGCCAAGAGCUGAAGAAGGAGACAGAAGAUAAGAUCCAAACACUAGUCACUGAUCACAAAGCCAAGGUAAAGGACAUCACAGCACAACACACUAAAGAGUGGUCAGAACUGAGCAGCAGUCACGGCAGCGAGGAGCAGGAGAUGAAGGACAGCCACGUCACACAGCAGUGCGAACACCUCAAGAAACUCCUGGCCACCGUCCAGGAGCAGCAGACCAUGCAGCUCAAACUCAUCCAUGAACGGCAAAGCAAAGAGAUGCGUGCCAACCAGGCCAAGAUGUCCAUGGAAAACAGUAAAGCCAUCAGCCAGGACAAGACCAUCAAAAACAAGGCAGAGAGAGAGAGGAGAGUGCGAGAGUUAAACAGUAGCAACACCAAGAAGUUCCUGGAUGAAAGGAAGAGGCUGGCUAUGAAGCAUCAGAAGGAGAUGGAGCAGCUACAGAAAAACCAGAGAGAACAGUUGGAGAAACUGGAGAAGUUCAAUGAGCAGGCCAAGGACAUGCAGCAGAUGGUGAAGCUGGAGGAGGAGAUGGACCGCAGACCUGCCACGGUGGUGUGAGCGACUGAGACUGAGACACACGCCCACACGUAUACAUGCACACACACACACACACACACGCACACACACAAGUGCAGAAACACUCCACCACAGUUAGCCCUCAACAACCCAGAGACGAAAAACCCUGCCUACAUCACCGUCUCUGUACUUCUGUCAUGCUCACACACAAACACACAGUAGCUCUCUUCACCUCUUUUUUUUCUUCUGUUCAUUCACCUGCUCACCCUGUCCUCUAAACCCUUACCCCACCCACUAACUUUACACCACUGAGCCAUUGGUGCUUAUCACUGUUUGACAGGGGGUUUAACCACUUAUCGAGUAAGGAAAUGUUACCUCGGAGAUGAAGCAACAGAGUCAGACGCAUCCCCUCCUCCAUUGCAUGUAGAUCUAAAUUUUCUAUCACCCUCACUGUUCUCUGUGAUCUACGGGCAACACAGCUGCAGCUAUUGGUGGGGACACACACACACACACACGCAAACACGUUCACUCAUGGGUCGGAUGAAGUGGACAUCCGUUCCCUUUUUGACUUGUUUUUAUUUUUUAUUUUUUAAAUCGGUACCCAAUUAACAGCUCCUGAGACAGCGUGGAUGAGGGGAGAAGAAUAUGUAUAAGAUUUGUCAUUUCAGCACAAAUGAAUAAACUUUGUGAAAUACACUGUACGCUACACACCAGUCCUGUCCUGAGCACUUUGUAUGUAAUAGGCCAUCAUAACAAUGUGGAAAAUGUAGCAGUGCACUACUAGAACUACUAGUUUUCUGUAUUUCAGUAAGAAUGUAUUUUUAAAAAAAAUCACUGUAUGAAGGAGAAGCAAACCCCCAGUGUCGCCUAAUCCUACAAUGCAAGUUGUUUGACUUCACAAAAGAGGUAUUAUUGACUUUUUUUGUUGUUCAACAAUGUUACAGAUGAGUAUAAAAAGGCUUAUUAUAAAGUUGAGUCAGAAGACUGUGAAGGGAACAGGGGAUACUGCUCACUUUAUCGUGGCCGAUUCCUGUCAAAUGUAGUUUUAAUCAUUAGGCUAUACCCAACCCAAGAGAUGGUGUAAUAUCUUCCCCUUAAAAUGACAUACUGUAGGCAUUUCUAUUUUUUAAAAUCUGCUUAUAGUCAAUUUUCACAAGUUUACAACUGCAAAACUCUUUAAUACAACAUUCUAUACUCAUCAUUUGUGGCUCAAAAUCAUGUAUACUAUGCAAGAAAAAAAGAUGAACAAACACAUGAUUCCCUCAAAAUAGUAAACAAGACAUGUUUUUUGAAGUUAUUGCUCCAAACUGAGGCAAUGUCAUUAGUAGUUACAACACCUAGUUGAAAAGAUGACAAUAUAAUGAACUGGACAUCUACUAGUAAGUACAAGGUUAAGUAGAAUUACGAUGGUCCUUUGCAUUAAGGGGUUUUGCACUUAAACUGAGAAUCAAGCCAAAGCUGUAAAUGAAUCCAUUCUUGGCAGCACGUUAAUUCUGCUGUAAUAAUUCUUUUAAUUGACCGGCCUUUCACCGUCAGACAAGAACUUUGGCCGACAGAAGUCAACGCCAUUUCGUCUUGUCAGUUUCCCACUCAUUAAGGCGUUGUUGAAAUGAAGUGCUCCCUUAAUAGCUUCUUGACUGCACCUUAGCAACUUCAGCUAGUAAUCCUCAUCGUCCCCCUGCUCGCCUUUCGGGCCGGGGGACAUCAGACACAAUAAUUAUAACAGAUUUGUAACGAAGCCUGUGACAUGGCUGCCACACACUGUCCACACUGGGGAUUUCAGACUAGGCCUGUAUCCCUCUAUGUCCCAAAAUGGUUCCCCUUAAAUGUAGCAGUUAUACAGAAGGUUUAAGGAAGCAUUACUGUUAUCAGCGCAGUUGAUACUGCUGUACAAAAAAACUACUGCAGAGAGAGAAAUGUGAUGGAGAAGUACUAUAAAGUAAUCCCAUGGGUACUGUAGUAUUGUGCACAUAUGAUGAUGCCAGGCACUGACACUGCAUGGCGUACCACCGACAAAGAUCAAGCAAAAUGACAAAAAGUCAAGAUAUGAUAUGAAACACACAUAAAUAUGAGGAUAACGCACCUCUAGGUAUUUUGGCCUUUAUAAGAUUUUUUCCUGUUGUUUUAUUCUGCUGUAAUUCACUUAGAGGGUAAACGGGAUGUUCUUGUAUAUACUGGAAUGUAUGUAGUUUAAUUUUACUUUUUGACCAAUUGUGUUCCGUCAUUCAAGGGCUCCGGGAUAGAGUGGGUCUGCUGGAAAUUGGGGAAAGACAUUUAUCAACCACUGGGAUUUCUUGUUUGUUUUUGUUUCUGUUUUCCAGUCUGCCCUUACUGCACCACACAACACAGUAUAAAACUCUCACCACAUAUCUAGUGCAGAGAUAAACGAGUAAAAAGUGCUUUUAAAUUUUAUUCCAUCGCUUUCAAAUGUGCCACACAGUGUCUGUUAGGACGUUUAAAUUAUUUUAUGAAUGAUAAAAUGCCAAAUUAAGGGGUUAUUUAUAUGAAGAUAUAUAUAUAUAUAAAUAAAUCAAUAUAUAUAUUAUAUAUAUUAGAUAUAAUGUGUAGUUUAAGGUUAUUAUGUUUGUUAGAGGCUUUUUUGCACUAGUUGAAUGUUUAUGUUGUGUGAUUACAUGUAACCUUUGGCUCUAGUUUGUCAAAAAAAGCAGAUUAUUUUUGCAGAGCAACGUCACCGAUUUGAGUUCCUCGGUUUCUACUGUAUCUCCUCUGUUUUCUAUUUUAACUGUAGCUUGUCAACAAACCAUUCUGUGCGCGUUUUUGUAUUUAUAUUGUAUUGUUGAACUUAUAGCAAUGAAAAUACCGUUGUUAUCCAGCUCCUUUAAUACUGUUUUAUAGUAUGUGUACCAAUAAAUCCAGGUGUAAAAUGGGACAUAA